GUCACUUUGGCGCAUUUUCAAGACCUGAGCGCACUUGUGACUUGGUCGAUUUGUCGAUUUCUUGCCUCGGGUUCCCUCACGAAGGCCCCUUGUCAACUCUUUGUUACCUCAAAUAUCCUACACGAGCGUCCCGAAAGGAAAGCCUGCAUCAUCGUGUGUCUUGCGCCCCUUUGACUGUAGCACCGAGUUUCUGUACCUAUCACCCCAGGGCUCCAUACCUUACAUCAAGGUACCUACCUUAGCAGGCGCGAAGCACCUAUCACACCAGGAUUGGCUGACGGUCCAACGCACCAUCCCGUCAUCCUCAUUUCCUUCACAAAGGUAGCACGCCCGGAUUCUUCGGCCGCGACUGCUCACAACUUGCCCCAUUCUACAACACAUCAAGUUGUCGACCCGCCUCCCGCGUCUAUUCGUCUCUUUCAGUCAACUCGUGCGAUCGAACUACAUUAUCCCACCUCUGCCAUCUCGUCAAAGCCAUCAUGGACGCUGGCGAGGCCCAAACGAAGCUGAUCGCCUGGCUGCACGAGGCCUCCGAGGCCUUUCAAAAAGUCCCUGGAUCAGCCGUUCUAAUUCGCUACAUCCAAUCGAGCUACCAGAACGAUCCCAUUCGCUCUGGCAUCGAGCUAGUUCUCUUCAUAUUCUUCGUCCGCUAUCUCUUAUCGCCCUCCUAUUCAACCCAGAAGCAGAAUUUCAUCAAACUCCGCGAUGAUGAAAUCGACGAGUUGGUAGAAGACUGGACCCCGGAGCCGCUUGUGGCUCCUCAAACAGCUCUUGAGGAGAUCGAGGCUGAGAGGUUGCCUGUGAUUGUUGGACCGACCGGUCCCAAGACCAAGCUCGCAAACGGACGCACCGUCACGAACCUCGCUUCAUACAAUUUCUAUAACUUCAAUGCCAACGAACAGAUUAAGGACAAGGCCAUCCAGACGCUGCGCACCUACGGCGUGGGCCCAUGCGGUCCUCCCCAAUUCUACGGCACUCAGGACGUGCACAUGAAGACCGAAGCAGACAUCGCCGCCUAUCUUGGUACUGAAGCCUGCAUUGUGUAUGCCCAAGCCUUCUCUACUAUCUCGAGUGUUAUCCCCGCCUUCUGCAAGCGCGGAGAUAUCAUUGUCGCUGACCGCGCCGUCAACUACUCCAUUCGCAAGGGUAUGGAGGCGUCCCGAAGCACCAUCAAGUGGUACAACCAUGGUGAUAUGGACGACCUUGAACGUGUCAUCCGGAAAGUGGUUAAGGACCAGAAGGGCAAGAAGUUGACGAGAAGAUUCAUCGUCUCUGAAGGCCUCUUUGAGAUUACGGGAGACAGCGCGGACCUGCCCAGACUUGUUGAACUGAAGCAUAAGUACAAAUUCCGCAUCAUCCUCGAUGAGACUUGGUCUUUUGGCGUCCUCGGCCGAACUGGCCGGGGCCUUACAGAAGCGCAAAACGUCGACCCUUCCCAGGUAGACAUGAUUGCUGGCUCUCUCGCCGGCCCUCUUUGCGCUGGAGGCGGCUUCUGCGCCGGUGCCAAGGAUGUUGUUGAGCACCAACGUCUCACGGCAGCUUCUUACACCUUCUCGGCUGCUCUGCCAGCCAUGCUUGCGGUCACCGCCAGCGAGACUCUCAGCGUUUUGCAAUCUAACCCGGACAUCCUUACGCAGUGCCGUGAGAACACCAAAGCCAUGAGGGCACAGCUGGACCCUCGCAGUGACUGGGUCGUCUGCACCAGCUCGCCCGAGAACCCUAUCAUGCUGCUUGUGCUUAAGGCCGAGGUCGUCGCUGCGCGCAAGCUUACACGAGAGGACCAAGAAAGGCUACUACAAGACUGCGUUGAUGAGGCCCUUGCAAACGGGGUUCUCAUUACGCGCCUCAAGAGCAUGCCCAUUGCCAACGACCUGAACCCGAAGGACGACAGCUGGCAGAUUCAGCCAGCGCUCAAGGUUUGCUUGACCACCGGCUUGCCCAGGAAGGACAUCGAGAAAGCAGGUGUCACGAUCCGACACGCCAUCACGAAGGUCAUGACCCGGAAGUCGAGCUCCAAGUCAUCAUAGCGUACUUGACUCAUACUCUGCUUGGAAUGACUUUAUGCGGGUGUCGUUUUCACAUGCGUACUGGGAACUUGUGUCGAACAUAGAUGACCGGAAUCGAGAUCACGGCGGCUGGGGACUCGGAUACCCUAGAGAGUUCGCGGGCUCACUUGUAAUGACAUACAUAUACAUACUAAUUAAUCAGAGGCUGGAACAGCAGUCAAAUAUUUACAUCUCGGACGUCUCCUGUCGCACAGGAAUUUGAAACAAUCAGGGUGCGGAGCUAUACAAGAGAGAGCUCGGAACGCUAGACAAAGACUGGAAAACUUUUGCCAAAGGGGACAUGCGUGAUGGCAGCAAACACGAAGGCCGUAAUGCCAGCCACCACCCACUUCCCGCUGUCAGCUCGGCCCCGGAUCCGGCAUCGGGCGGACGGUCAACUGGCCCCAAUAACUCGGCAUUAUGCCGCCCUCCACCAAUGUCGACGGACUCCGUAGGCCCAGACCUUUCGGAAAGUUUCCUCUCUUUCCCCUUCUUCAUCCGGCCAAACCGCAGCUUCGGGUCCUGCUAGUGUUCUAGACCAACGAUACAUCUCUUAGACAUGCUCUACCAUCCGCGUUUUGCCCUCUUCCGAUGGCUUUUCAAGACUAAGCCCCAGAAGUCGGGGGAGUGACGAGUCUUCUUCGAACACGCGUCAAGGUCUUUU